AUGGUACAACUUUAUUAUUAUGAAAAUCGUGGAAUACCUUGUAGUCAUUUAUUACGUAAUGGCAUGAAAAAAAUUAUAGUUCAAUUGGAAGCAUGUGAAAAUUGGCCGUAUCCAAGUUCUGAAUCAAAAUGGUUAUUAAUAUUUAAUCGAUUUCUAAGAAAUUGGUGUAAAGUCAUUCAAAUGACCAAUGGAGGAACAAAGAGAUAUGAAACUAUUGGACAUGUUACAUUUACUAAAUUAGAAAGUUCAAUGUUUGUCACUGGAAAAUUCAAAAAAGAUUCAGCUGGUAAACAACAAAAGAUGCCACAUUUUUGUUUAUUUUUAACUACAAGUAUAAUAGAUGCUGAUUUUUAUCAUGGUUAUCUAUUAACUGGAAUGAUAGAAAGAGGUAAUCGAAAAUUGGGCAUUUGGGAAUCAACACAUUACGCUUAUGUCAAACGUGAAGGUUACUAA